GUAAGUGUUAGUGUGUCGUGGAGGUCAGCCCAGGAUGGGAUCCAAAGUAGAGUACGUCGACUCCUCUCAUAUUUACGCCACCAAUUACCUUAGGAACUCCAAGGCGAUCGGGGUUCUUUGGGGCAUCUUCACUAUAUGUUACGCCAUCAUCGUGGUCGUUGCCUUCCUCACACCGGAAUGGAUGGGUGACACGUCUGACUCGGAGUACCCUGGUAGGUUUGGACUGUGGAAGAUGUGUUUCUACGGAGGAUCUUCUGAAGAGUGUCUCGGUUGGUUGGGAGAUCCUUCUUCUGUUCCUGGUCUCUUCUUUAAAUUGGCUUCCGCUUUGGCAGCAUUUUCCAUUCUGCUCGCAGCUGCUACCAUUCUGGCCAUACCACUUUUUCUUUUUUUACCUUCGACGACACUUUUCAAGACUUCUGCCUGGCUUCAGACUGUUUCUGGAGUUGCUUUGAUCGGAAGUGUGGGAGUCUACCCGAUGGCCUGGGACGGCGAAUUGAUUCGUCGGACAUGCGGGGAAUCUGCCGGGCGCUAUGCUCUUGGAGACUGCUCGCUUAGGUGGGCUUAUAUAUUGGCCGCCAUCGCAUGCUUAGACGCUUUCAUCUUAGCAACUCUAGCUUUUAUCCUAGCCACAAGGCAUAUCAAAUUGCAGCCAGAACCGAUAUAUACAACAAAUGGUUCAUUAUAUAAAGGAGAAGUAAAUGGAGGAUUCAUGGGUGAUGGUCAUUCGAUAGCAGGAUCAAGAAAAUCACUGAAUUUACAUCCAGUUUUAUUGAUGCCACAACCAGGUGAUAUGGACCGCUAUUCCGAAUUUUCCAACAGAACUGGAAGAUCGAAGUCAUCGGUAUAUCGACCAGAUUAUGCAUCAAGUAUGCAGAACUUUCAACUUUAAUUGGCCAACAUUUGGCUUGGACGUGUUGGGUUAAUGUUUAUGUGUGUGUGUGUGUGUGUGUGUGAGAGAGAGAGAGAGAGAGUGU